AUGUAUCUUGCUUGUGAGAAGAGUGGCCAAUAUAGAGCGACAAAGAAGUUAAAACAUGAUGGCAACAAUACAUCAAGAAUAACCGGUACGAAGAAGUGUGGUUGUCCUUUUGAUAUGAGGGCUCACAGGUUUACCACACAUGAUGAAUGGACAUUGACCGUAAUAUGCGGAUUACAUAAUCAUCCACUUGCGGAGCACGUUGAGGGACAUUCAUAUGCGGGGAGGCUAUCAAAGGAUGAGAAAGCAUUGUUAAUGGAUAUGUCAAAGAGUAUGGUUCGGCCAAAAGAAAUCCUAGUAACUUUGAAACAGCGAGAUGCCCUCAAUUAUGAGAGGGUCAAUAACUAUGCGUGGGUGUUAGCUACAUUGCGUGAUGUCAUGGAUGGUUUUGUUGUGCCAACAAUUAUUGUUACUGACAGAGAGCUAGCCUUGAUGAAUGCCACACAAAAGAUAUUCCCGAGUGGCAGACAUUUAUUAUGUCGUUGGCAUAUCAGUAAGAAUGUAUUGACCAAAUGCAAGAAAAUGUUUGAGACACAGCAGAAAUGGGAGAAGUUCAACCAUGAGUGGAACUCUUUAGUUUAUUCAUCUUCUGAAAUUCAAUACGAUGAGCGUCUUAAAUCAUUACUUAAGGAAUUCAGUAGUUAUUCUGAUGCAGUCAAAUACGUCAUGGAUACUUGGUUGGUUCCUUACAAGGACAAAUUUGUGGCGGCAUGGACAGACACGUGUAUGCAUUGUGGCAAUGUUACAACGAACCGGGAGCUACGGGGUAAUGUGUCUAUUUCUGCAUUGGAGUAUUUGCUUGUAGAGAGUAAGAGAUCCAAUUCCAUUGGUAUUGAUGUUGAAGCUUGUAGAUGCGUCCUUCGCCACACUCAUGGUUUACCUUGUGCCCAUGAGAUUGCUGACUACAUCAGACAAUAUCGUCCUAUACCACUUGCUACCAUACACUCACAGUGGAGGCAACUUCAUAUCUCCACAUGCAAGAAAGAAGAGGAAACGGAGGUGAGUUGUCAUGCAGAAGUAGAGUUGUUUGUGAACAAGUUUAAUGAAAGUGAUAGAACCAUGUGGUUGGAGCUUUUGAAGAAGUUGAAAGAGAUUGUAUAUCCGGGAAGCACUUUCCUUGUUGAGCCGGAGGUGAAGCCCAAAACACGUCCUCGGGAUCAUAAGAAGAUCAAUGUUUCUACCCGUCGUGACCCAUGUGCAUUUGAGUUGGUGCAAUCUGGACAUGAUUUCUUCUCACCUAGGGACACUCAAAUCACUACAUUAGCUUCUACUCUGUAA